UGAGUGCCAAAGGCCAGGCCUCAGUUUCUCCGGAGGCCAGGAUUCUGGGCCAGCUGUGUCCCCGGGACCUUGAGCUCACUUGUCUGUGGGAUUGCUUCCCCAAGUGCUCACUACCUGCUGAGCGUUUUGCAAAAUGGCUCUUCAGGCCCAUUUAUCGAACCCUCUCCGGAGGGAUGGGUGUUAAUGUUCUCGUUUCUUAGGUGAGGCUGUGAAAACGCCGACUCGCAGCGGCAAUAUGUUCGAUGCCUUUCCCCGAGUUGGGCAUCGGGCUUUCCUCAUUUUAGCUCAUGGAAUCCUCUCCAGAGCCCACUUGGCAGAUGAGGAAACUGGGGCUUGGAAAGGUGAAGUGACUUUCUCAAGACCCUCCAGCCUGGACUGGUCCAAAUGUGGAAAUAGAGACCCAGAGAGGCUUAAAGCUUGCCUGAGGCCACACAGCCUGGACACUACAGAGCUGACAUUUCAACCCAGAGAAGAGCAAGCCGAGAGCAGACUGGGCAGAAGGCAGGGAAGGAGCGGUGGCCUGAGAGGCCCUGAGCUCCCUGCAGGCCGCCAUGAAGCUGAACGAGCGCAGCCUGGCCUUCUACGCGACCUGUGACGCCCCGGUGGACAACGCGGGCUUCCUGUACAAGAAGGGCGGCCGGCACGCGGCCUACCAUCGGCGCUGGUUCGUGCUGCGCGGGAACAUGCUCUUCUACUUCGAGGACGUGGCCAGCCGUGAGCCCGUGGGCGUCAUCAUCCUGGAGGGCUGCACUGUGGAGCUAGUGGAGGCUGCUGAGGAGUUCACCUUCGCCGUGCGCUUCGCUGAGGCUCGGGCCCGCACCUACGUGCUGGCCGCUGAGAGCCAGGCCGCCAUGGAGGGCUGGGUGAAGGCCCUGUCGCGGGCCAGCUUCGACUACCUGCGGCUGGUGGUCAGGGAGCUGGAGCAGCAGCUGCCCAAUGGGCCUCUGGACUCAGCCUCCUUCCUCCAGCUGCACGAGUGGUACGGGCAGGAGGUCCGGGCACUGAGGAGCCAGUGGCUCAGGAGCCGGGCCCAGCCCUGAGGUCACCAGGGUCCCAGUCCUGGAGGGACUCGCGUCCUAAGCCUGAGACUGGGGAGCCCAGUCCUGAGGGAAAUCACAGUCAAGUCCCGAGGGAACUGAGGCCUCUGUGUGGGACGUGAGCUCUGAGAAGAUGCUGGAAUCCGAAAGGCACUUUAGGACUCGGAGGAGGUCACUGUGCCUUUCCUCAGAAUCCCGGGAUUCUGAGGAAAAUCCCAGGUCUGGCUGAACCUCAGGAUGCCCGAGGGCUGGUUCUGAAGGAACUCUAGCCCAGGCCCAGCCCGAUUCACCCAGUGAAGGCCUGCUGCUGGCAUCAGGUCCUGGCUGCGGGGGCUGGGACCUGGCGAGGUUCUGUGGCCCGAAGGCAAAUGCCCAGUCAGCCCUGGUCCCGGACGGGGCCUCAGCACGGACAGAGAAGGCUCGGGUGCCCGCCUCACCUGGGUCUGACCUCCUUUUGCUCCCAUGGCUCCUGAGAAGCUGGCCUGGCGCCAGGCCUCCUGCCUGCCCGCCUCCAGAGGCAGCAGGCGCAGAAGGUGGCAGCAGGUUUUAAGGCGUAACCGGUAUGAUGAGAUUGCCUGGUCCCAAGGGCUCCUGGCCUGGAGUGGGGCGGAGGCAGGGCUUCGUCCUGGGCCUCGGCCAGACCUUGAGGUGGAGCUCCUGGCGCAGUAGCGACCCUCUGGCCUUGGGCCGUGCCUGUGUUGGCGUGGUGGCUCUCACCGGCCCUCCCGACAGUCCUUAACCACAUCCCCAGUCUCCUCUCCCAGAGCCAGCUCUCCCACCCCCGUCCUGGGACGAGGCCUCUUGGGAGCUCGUCCGACCUGGCCCAGUCUGGCUAGGCAGCCGUGGCUGGAGCUGACUUCACAGCAGGUUUCACUAGGGAGGGGUGGCCACGAGCAGACUCACCGCCCAGAAAGGGCCCCGGUGCAGACUCGGUGCAGACCCUGUAGGGCAAAGAAGCCCUUGGGAAGCUGUGUUUGGCUUCUGGAAUCCCCUCCCCGAUCACAGCCCAGCCCCCCCUCCUCCCCCCGUUAUUCCAAUGGGGAGGCCGACUGCUGUUUCACUGUUGUCGUCAGCACAGUGGCUAUUCUUCAUCCAGGGAGAGUCUCAGGGGGCUGGGACACCCCUGGGCCUCAAGCUGGGUCAUGUUUACAGUCCUCAGUGCCCCACACUGGGGACCUCCUGAGGACACCCCCCAACUUUAUUCUCCAGAGGGGCCCCGAGGCCCCUUCCUGCUAUCUUCAGAGGCCCUGGGGCUCGGGGAAGAAUGGGGGCUGUCUGUGUGUCUGCAAUCACCAGCUCACUGCUGGCUCAGUGGACUGGGGCUUCAGUUUUAAUUUAAUUUUUAAUACUUAGGUGGUGUUGUUUUUUAGCAACAACACUUGGCAUUUUCAGUACUUCUGUUUCAUGUCAGCUGGUGGGAACAGGGUGCCUGGCUCUCAGCUUGGCUGGGGGUGAGAGAGGGCAGCUGGCAGCCCAGGGAGAGGGCCAGGAGUCUUGGCUGGAGACAGGCAUCUCAAGAAUCUCACCCGGUUCGUUGCCUUGUCCAGGCCAGCUCUGAGCUGUGGCAGGUGCCUCUGGGCCUUGGUACGGUUCCUGUUCCGCUCUUUCCAAAGUCCUGAGCAGUGGGGGUGGGGAAGGCAGCUCUUGUCCAUAGGCUCUGGGUCUCCGGCCUUUAGGAGCUGCCCCGAGCCCGUGUCCUGGCCACACCCGGCUGGUGGGAUGAGAGGCUGGCCCCAGUCCUGAUGCAGGUUUACAAGCUCUAAAGGUACAGUCACCCUGGUCUCCCUCGGGCCAGUGGUUAUUACCCCCACUCUGCUCCCCAUCCCGAAAGCACAAGAUGGCGUCAG